AUGACGACAGUGUGUGUGUGUGUGUGUGUGUCCAUUGCUCAUGAGUAGUGAGAAUGAGUGGGCCACGUCACUGAGGCCAGACAUCAACACAUGCAUUCAAUUACUGUCACAGCCCGCCCUCCUCAAUGGGCUUUUGUGUUUGCACAACACUCUCACACACCGCUCUCCCAUGGGCUUUUGUGUUUGCACAACACUCUCACACACCGCUCUCCCCAUCUUGGCCAUGUUUACUGCACCCAGGCAAAAUCUCUCAUCUAAUGAUCUGCCUGUUCUGCUAACCCCCGAGCACAUUCAAAAGCACAGUCUUAGUCCUCCUUGGUGAUCAAACAUCAUCGGUGGUCACUAGUUUGAAUCAUAGGCUAUAUGUACUGUAUGUGCUGCUGUGGGGAAUGUCAGAGUGGAUGAGCCGAAAAUGUUACAAAGAGUACAGUUAUAUUUUCAACAGGCAGGCAUUUUGACAGAGUUCUUGGGAAAUUCUUGUGUAACCAGUAUCAGUGUCAAUAUGGCUGUCUGGGCCAGGGAAUGAGUGAAUCAUCAACACAGCUAAUUCAUUGAUAGACAUCUGCAUACAGUAACUCCUUGUUCUGAGAAUUAUUUUCUAUUGUUUGGUUUGGCCUUCUACCUUUCUGACAAACUACUACAUACUUGGACGAAAUUGCUUUUGUCACCUGGUCUGAUGUGCCCCUCCUACGCCAAUAACUGUCAAGUUAUUUCAUGCUCUAACAAAGCCUACAACUCCCAUGUCCUGAGGGAAAUCCAGAGCCCAGCUACAUGGAGUGAGGAGCUGUAAUAAAUCAAAACAGGGUAAAUCCAUUUGAAUUCAAUCAUUUUUUGACAGCACUCAUUCUCACUACUCAUGAGCAAUGGACACACACACACUGUCGUCAUUAUUAAUCCCCAUCAUGUGGCCCAGAUUAAUUGACUCUUUUGAAAAUUGCGUACAGAAAUGUAUUUUAAGAUACGGAUAGCCUAUCACUACUCAUUUAGACUAGGAUUAGAAUUCUAGAAUUUGUCUUCAGUUCCCUGCAAUAAGGAAGUUAUUGACCAGCCCACGAGAGAAGUGUCAAACCUGGUGGCCAACUACAAGAAACGUCUGACCUCUGAUUGCCAACAAGGGUUUUGCCACCAAGUACGAAGUCAUGUUUUGCAGAGGGGUCAAAUACUUAUUUCCCUCAUUUAAAAUGCUAAUCAAUUUAUAACAUUUUUGACAUGCAUUUUUCUGGAUUUUUUUGUUGUUAUUCUGUCUCUCACUGUUCAAAUAAACCUACCAUUAAAAUUAUAGACUGAUCAUGUCUUUUGUUAGUGGGCAAACGUACAAAAUCAGCUUUUUUCCCUCACUGUACGGUACAUAUACUGAAGGUAGGGUUAAAGGGACUAGAUAACAGGAUAGAUAGACAGUAGCAGCAGCGGAUGUAGUGAGUGUUUGUGGCAUCAGUGUGUGUGUGUGUGGAUGUAUGUAGUGUGUGUUGGGAUGUGAGUGUGUGGGUAGAGUCCAGUGUGUGUGCAAGAGAGUUAGUGCAAAAAAGGGUCAAUGCAGGUAGUCCAGGUAGCCAUUUGAUUAGCUAUUUAGCAGUCUUCUUUAGUUGUCUUAAAAGCUGUUCAGGGUCCUGUUGGUUCCAGACUUGGUGCACAGGUACCGCUUGCUGUGCGGUAGCAGAGCGGUAGCAUGGCUUGGGUGGCUGGAGUCUUUGACAAUUUCUUGGGCCUCCCUCUGACACCGCCUGGUGUAGAGGUCUUGGAUGGCAGGGAGCUCGGCCCCAGUGAUGUACUGGUCCAUACUCACCACACCCUGUAGCGCCUUGUGGUCGGGUACCUUGCAGUUGAUGCAGCCAGUCAAGAUGCUCUCAAUGAUUUAGCUGUAGAAUUAUGCUAAUUCAGUCAAAUAUAUUUUGUUCAGUACAGUGCUUGGUCACUGGCUACAGACUAUAAUCAGGCUAUAAUCUAGCCUGUGUGUUUCUGACAGAUAAUCAGAGUGCAAAGUAGUGUUUGUAUUCAAGAUGUCUUAAAUAUAGACUUAUAGACACAGUGCUCUUCAAAAAGCAUUGGGCUGUCAUUUUCCUGCCAGGCAGUCUCUAGGUAAAAGUUGUCCAUAUUGGUUCUGAGUGAGUGGUUGAAGUUUGACCUCCUCUCUCUUUCCUCCAGGGCUUUGACCCUCCCCAUCAAAGUGACACCAGAACGGUUUACAUCGCAAACCGUUUCCCUCAACAUGGCCAUUAUGUCCCUCAGCGGUUUGCAGACAACAGAAUCAUAUCAUCCAAGGUAAGGCAGAGGUGUUGAAUCCCUAGCUUUUGAGUCAAAAGCAUCAACAAAUGUUCAAGUUACUCAACCACUUUAUUUCAGUGUCAAACAACUCACACUCUGACGUUCCUGUUCUCCCCUCCCCCGUCUUUAGUACACCGUUUGGAAUUUUGUUCCCAAGAAUCUGUUUGAACAGUUCAGAAGAAUAGCCAAUUUUUAUUUUCUCAUCAUAUUCCUGGUCCAGGUAAGGGCUUGCCUCAGCACCCAGUCUACCAAUUUCUAACUGUUGCUGGCCAAUGCGUGACAUGACUCAGUUCUAUUCAGUGGGCAGUGACCAAUAAUUGCUGUGUGCUCUUGAGCAUACUGUGCCUGGAGGUCCCUAGCAGCUAACCUUCAGUAUGCAUCAGGCUACACAGAGGCCACACUUUUUGGUUUCUUCAGAUAUUCUGAAGAUUCUGUGGCUGCUACUGUGUCCAAUCCUACAUUUGUUACUUCGUUAUACUUAUUCAUGAUGCAUUUUCUGCAAUAAAGAUGGCAUCAGCUUAUGAAUGGCCAGUGUGUUUUCAGGUUAUAUGAGGAAACCACAUUAUUGCCAGCUGUUGUCUCCUUUGACAUUAUCUCUUUAUUUUCCAGCUAAUGAUAGAUACCCCCACUUCCCCUGUCACCAGUGGACUUCCUCUGUUCUUUGUCAUCACAGUAACUGCCAUCAAACAGGUGAGAGUAUUAACAUAUUUUAAUUCCUCUUUUUUUCUUCAACAUCAACUGUAGAUCGAGCAAAUUAAAUAUGGCUGCUUAUCAUACACACUUUGUCUAGAUGUCAGAAUGUCUAGAUGGUUUAAUCUCAUCCCUUCUUUCCUUCCCUCCCCCCACCACUCAGGGCUAUGAGGACUGGCUGAGGCACAAGGCGGACAACGAGGUGAACGGGGCGCCUGUGUUUGUGGUACGCAGUGGCAGCCUUGUGCAGACACGCUCAAAGAACAUCCGAGUGAGUCACAACACUGUCAUAAUGAGUCCUGCCUUGUACAGCACACCGUCCUAACACUUGGCAAACCAUACACCCACACACAGAUGUCACACAAAUGGUUAUAUUUCAUGUACCUUCCACCUUUGGCUGGUGCUUUGUACUACUGUGUUAAAGAUUUGUCAGUAAACCAAUUGGCCAGGCCAGGAAUGUGAAACCAAGGUACCACCCACAGACAAGUCUCAGUCGCUACGUUCUUUGCCUAAAUGUUGGUUAUCUACUCACCAGGUAGUUAUUGAAUAAGAGGAUUUGUUCCCAAUUAACAAAUGUUAGCCAGAUGUAGCUAGCCAACUAUACACAUCGGUCCCUAAUUCAAAUGUUUAAUAUGCAAGUGCAUCGGCCCGCGGAUCCCAAACCGAUCCAAAUGUAGCAUGCAUCAGUCAGAAAAUCAAUUAAAACUUUACGAAUCACCGGUUCACACAUUAUUUGUUUUCUACCUCAUAUUUUGUGACAACUGAUGUGUCCUCUCUCCUUCAGUGUUGAACUGCAUGUAACUGUGUUGACAGUAAUUGAUCUACAAGUCAUGUAAAAAAAUGUAAAAUAAAAUGUGCAUGUCGAACAACCCCAGGCAAUAUCAGUGGCCUAGUCAAACUGUGCCCAGCUUUACGUGCUUACCAACGCGAGGUACAUCUGCCUUCCGUGAUAUUAGGCUUUAUUAAUUGAGUGACAACCUUUGUAGUUUUCUAGGUUAUUGUUAUCAAUGCACUGUUGAAAAUUGUGUUUUACCAGAAUAAAAGUAAGCUACCGGAGACACAACUCAUCUGGGUAUACCUGCUGAACGGUGCUUACAAACAUCAGCAAUAGUUUUUGCUUUAUACAAUCAAUGUAUAUGGUCAUUUUUAGAUAUACAGGGUAAAGUUGAUAAUUUCAUAAUGAGGACACCAGUCACUUUUGCGAGGCACACUGCAUGGCCGAAGCAAGAGGAGAAGAUCACUCCAUAAAAACCUCCAAAUGGUCAAGACCAUUCGAUUUUGAGAUGGGGGGUGUAAUCCAAAAUUGUGCUAUAUAUUCAUUGGCUAUGUCAUAGCUAUUUUGUAAACGGUAAAUAUUCAUACAUUACUAGCUAAAACACUUAAUCUGCAAAAAUGACAAGUUAAUUAGUGGGUGAUGGUGGUUUCAGAACCAAAGUGGGGGUACAAAGAACAUAGGCUACAUUGCCUCCCGUAAUCUGAUAGUGGUAGUGGGGUGGUAGAUGCCUAGUCUAUCUUCAGCUCAGGUGCCUACAUAGUGCAUACAACAUAGACGUACAUAAUUUAUACACACACACACACACACACACACACACACACAGAGAGAAGUCGGCUCAGACAGAUCCAGCUCAUGAGUUCCAUCAGCAGCAGAUUUUAAUUUAGAAUGGAAAAUGAAUGUGUUUAUGCAACAAAUGUAAGUGAAUCGAAUCGUAUCUCAUCGAACCGAAUCGCAUCGCAUCGAUUCGUUCUCUAAUCAAACUGAAUCACACUGAAUUGUUUCAAACUAAAACGUAUCGUUCCUGUAUCGUAUCAGAGCCCAUGUAUUCAGAUAUGUAUUGAAUCGUCUUGAAAGGGAAAGAUUAGCACUCAUCUUUCAUUUACUUUGAUAAUACAUUUUGAAGGUAAAAUAAAUCAUACAUUAAACUGCCAGAAGAUUCCAGAAGUGUAUUCAAGUGCUGUUUUAGUUUGUUGUUUAACAGUUCUGCAGAUGGAAUGCAUCAGUUUUCACAUAGCAAAAACUGGGCUAUUUUUAAAACAGUGCAUGGUGGCAUUCACUAUUGAACUACACUGUCCUUGUCUUCAGAAAAUAUUGGAUUCUGAGGUCGUGGAUAUCAUGGGGGAGGUUUGCUCCUCAUUCAUCUGUUGUGACGUGUCUUUCUGUGCUGUCUGCUCAGGUGGGGGACAUAGUCCGGGUGGCCAAAGAUGAGACAUUCCCAGUGGACCUGGUCCUCUUAUCAUCGGACCGAGCUGAGGGAACGUGUCACAUCACCACCACCAGCCUGGACGGAGAGACUAAUCUAAAGGUUGAGCUUUUAAUCUUCCGUCCCCGCUCUCACUUUCUUUCUCUCUGAGCCCUAAAAGGAUUAGCGUUCCCCUCUCACAGAGGGAGGAAAAACUGCUCUUUUCAUGGCCCGUCUCCAUCCUUUCAUUUCCAUGACCUACUACUUAUGCAGUCUGUCGAGAGAUCGUGUUUUUGCCAGAGGCAAUAUCUAAUUAUCUGCUUCUAAUCAAAAUGCUUCUGCCAUAUAACAGUUUACUUAUUUAUCUCUUUUUUCUUAAAAAAAAUUGGUCAUAUCAUUAAAGUACCAGAGAGCCCACUCUGGAAAUGUGACGUGUUUGAAGAGUAUAUUGUCACAAACAGAAGAUAUAUAUUUUUUGGGACAACUGCAAUGUAUUCUUUCUUGUGCAAUCUCAGGAGUGCAGCCUCUCUGUCAGCUUUCUGUGCCAGCUACUUGUCUUUUAUGGCUGUUUGUGUUGCAGUAAUGACAUUAGAAUCCAAUGGGGGAUGGACUAGCUUUCUCACUGAGGGGGUUAGAGCAACGAAAGGUUGCACAUGGGUAAAGGCGUCGGCAUGCUUCGGUUCGGCUGGUGCCUAGCCGAACUCGGCUAGGUGAACCCGAACGAGUGUGCUCGCAUACUCCCUUAAAAGACCUUCGCUUGAAAAACAAGAAAAAAUAGUCAAUAGUACUGUUAGUCCAUCUUGACACGCUGUAGUGAGUCCCUGCCACAAAAUAGUCUGAAUUAAUCUAAGAUAACUCAAUAAAUCUGUCAUUAAUUUUGAUAUUUUUGCAGAGGACAUCAUAGUCGUGCAAUUUCUACAUCUAACACAAUAUUUUUUGGUACAGAAUUUCUCAAGUGCAAAAAUUUGCAUGAAAACGAUUCGAUAACAAACACUUAAUUGAAGAAUCCCUACUGUUGACCAAUCACCGACAAAGGGCCGUAGACUUCGGUACCGACUUCGGCUUGCCUCGGAAAAAAAAUUGUGUGUACGAACAACCGAAAACAUCACAGAAUGUCGUCAUAAUAUAUGUUUCGGCUGGGAAGCAUGCGGACGGAUGCCUUUAGCCACCAGAUUGGAUUUUGUCCCUCAAGCAUUCAUGGAAUGAUUCAGUUCAAUUAUAAAUGGAAACCUAACAAGCCUCGUGGCUCACUGUCUCAUUGUAAAUGUUUUAUUUAUAUUCUAUAAAAUUGCUAUCUUCGUCCCUCUCCAUGAACAUAUCCCUACUCUCUCUGUGGUCUUGUAGACUCAUUACUCUGUGCCAGAGACAUUGUUGUCUCAGUCGGUGUCCAGGCUAGAGGCCCUACAUGCUGUGGUGGAGUGUCAGCAGCCAGAUGCAGAUCUGUAUAGGUACGGUACAGUCACAGCUACAGUCCAGAACAUAACACCAUGCUCUUACUGGCCAGUCAGAAUGCUGCGCUCUCCUUUCACUGUCCCCAUAACUGAACAGGACCAUUUAUUAUUUUUCAAAUUUCUACAGGCCAGAAUGGAGGUAUUUUUAGGGAUUGUUGGUGUUGCAGUUUGUCUGUUACUCUGUAACUCUUCCCACUCAGAAGAAAUGUCUCUUCUUUCAGGUUUGUUGGGCGAAUAACGGUAACACAACAAGAAGAAGAGAUUGUAAGGUGAGAUUGCAAAAUUUGCCAAUUCUAGUUUAUUGGAUUUUUAUCUGAGUUGCAUGGAUGGAAUGGCACAUUGUUUCCAUUUGCUGGUGAAAUAAAAGUUAUUAUGUUGUAUCAUUCUUAAAUUUGUCCCUGCUUCAUUAGACCCCUUGGACCUGAAAACCUGCUGCUUCGAGGAGCAAGAUUGAAAAAUACCAAAGAAAUUUUUGGUAAAUGGCUUCUUGCUCUCACUGUUGUCAUCAUAUUGUUUUCUGUCCUCAGUUAUGCUCUGUUGUCCCUAGUUGCCCAGUUGGUUGUUGUCUAUUCAGGGUUCAGUAAAGAUCCACUCUUGAUUUGCAGGUGUGGCAGUUUACACUGGGAUGGAGUCCAAGAUGGCCCUGAACUACAAGUGCAAAUCCCAGAAGCGCUCUGCAGUGGAGAAGUGAGCAUUAGGACAUUCUGCACCUCUACAGCAACACUGAACACUUCUGAGUUUCCUCUUCUCAGAUUUCAGGUUCAGCUUUACAGUAUGUACUGUACAUCUCAGACAGUUUGUAUCUUUGGGUGUGUUUCUUUCAGGUCCAUGAACACCUUUCUACUCAUCUACCUGGGCAUCCUGCUGUUUGAGGCCAUCCUCAGCACCAUCCUGAAGUACGCCUGGCAGGCUGAGAAGAAGUGGGACGAGCCCUUCUACAACCAGCAGACAGAGCAGGAGAGAAACAGUAGCCAGGUCAGUCACUGUCUGAGACACUUUAUUCACAUUGGUAAAUCACUCUCUUAAACAGAUUAUCUUAGAUUUCAUAGGAUUCUUGGAUACUUUAUUUGCAAAAUGUUUGUUGUUUUUGGGGAUAAUGCAGUGAAGGUGGGAAGAUGUUUUCACUAGGGCGGUGACGGUCAUGGAAUUUUGGAUGAUGGUAAUUGGCCAGCCAAAUGACUAUGGUCACUGUAAUAACCGUUCGAAUAGCAAAGAUAUAAUAAUAAUGAUAAUUUAAGACACACAUUUUCUCCUCCGCUCCUGACUGCAUGUGCUGCUAUAGAAAUAUAAUGAAUAGAACGGGUGUCCCCAUUCAAGUAAUUUAUGGCAUAAUAGGGGGACUGGUGCCAUUGCGAGGAGCAAAGCAGGAAGUAGAAGCAGGAAUUAAAAGCAGAACCUGUACCCAUAAAUAUGUGCUGUGAUUUGUUGAUAAAAAAAAAAAAGUGAUGUAAUUGUUUUAUCAAGGCAUAUCAAAGUAAUUCGCUUAUAAAUCAACUUCUUUUAGACCAAAUUGGAGGACUGCGGUAUCAGGUUACAUAUCCACAGUCAUUGGAGGCUCGGGAGUCCCCACUUUAUGCUCAUUCACUGAUCGGAAUGUCAGAUCGGAACGGUACAUCACAGGCACACAAACCAAAUAGCGCUGCAAAGCUGAGAGUCUACUGCAGCGAUAGGAAGUAGUCCCAUCGUUCUACAACAAACACACAUCGAUUUACACUGAGUACACAAAACAUUAAGAACACCUGCUCUUUCCAUGGCAUAGACUGACCCGGUGAAUCCAGGUGAAAGCUAUGAUCCCUUAUUGAUGUCACUUGUUAAAUCCACUUCAAUCAGUGUAGAUGAAGGGGAGGAGAAAGGUUAAAGAAGGAUUUUUAAGCCUUGAGACAAUUGAGACAUGGAUUAUAUAUGUGUGCCAUUCAGAGGGUGAAUGGGCAAGACAAAAUAUUUAAGUUCCUUUGAACGGGGUAUAGUAGUAGGUGCCAGGCACACCGGUUUGUGUCAAGAACUGCAAUGCUGCUGGGUUUUUUACGCUCAACAUUUUCCUGUGUGUAUCAAGAAUGGUCCACCACCCAAAGGACAUCCAGCCAACUUGACACAACUGUGGGAAUCAUUGGAGUCAACAUGGGCCAGCAUUCCUCUGGAACACUUUCGACACCUUUUAGAGUACAUACCCCGACGAAAUGAGGCUGUUCUGAGGGCAAAAAGGGGGAUUUGAGCAGUGCACCAGGAAAUUAGUUGGAGUUUCCCUGAACAGUAGUUAUAUAAACAAUUAAUACAAUAAUAAGGCAGCUGAAAUCUUAUAGCAUGUAAAUUGUAAAGUUGAUUGUGAGUACAGUGCAUUCGGAAAGUAUUCAGACCUCUUGACUUUUCCACAUUUUGUUACGUUACAGCCUAAUUCUAAAAUGGAUGAAAUGGUUUUUUCCCCUCAUCAAUCUACACACAAUACCCCAUAAUGACAAAGCAAAUUUAUUCAAAAUAAAAAAUUGAAAUAUUACAUUUACAUAAGUAUUCAGAGCCUUUACUCAGUACUUUGUUGAAGCACCUUUGGCAGCGAUUACAGCCUCGAGUCUUCUCGGGUAUGAACCUACAAGCCAGUCUGAGGUCCUGAGCGCUCUGUGAGAAAGAUUUUUUAGUGGACUAUAAGAUAAAACUGAGUUAAUCACGAACAUAUAGUUAGAAUUCUCUGUUGUUAUGCAAUAACUUAAUUGGGUCAUUUCACUGUGUGUGUGUGUGAAGUGGGGAUCUGACCUAGGGUCAAAUUGCUCUCUCUUACCUAAUCCAUGGCUGUCUUACCUUAUCAGAGACUGAAACCAGACUGUUGCCUAAUGCAUCUCUCCUCAGUGAACCUGUCAUGUCCAACAAUCAAUCUCCAGGUCAAGCUCGGGAGAGCUGGAGUUGAACAGAGUUUAAACUAAACAUGAGUGUUUUUGCAAGAUAAGGGAUUGAUUGAUUGUAGCCGCCAUCAUAGACAAAGGAAGUGGGCAGAGCGAUAGAGAACGGGAAACUGAAGAAGGAGGGGUUUUGAGCUAGAAGGGAAGAGAAUGGGACUAUAUAGAUGGGGAGCAGAGUGAGAGAAGGGGGGCUACUCUGCAGACCAGCCUGACUUUGUUGAAUUGUAAUAAAGUCAAUCUUGAUUCUACAAAAACUCUGGAAGAACUUAGAUUUUUAAUAAAGGAUAGUGAUUAUUUUCCACAUCAUCUGGAGCAGGUUUUCAUCAAGGAUCUUUCCCUAGAUCAUCUUUCCCUAGAUCCUGACUAGUCUCCCAGUCCCUGCCACUGAAAAACAUCCCCAAAGCAUGAUGCUGCCACAACCACGUUUCACCGUAGGGAUGGUGCCAGGUUUCCUCCAGAUGUGAUGCUUGGCAUUCAGGCCAAAGAGUUCAAUCUUGGUUUCAUCAGACCAGAGAAUCUUGUUUCUCAUGGUCUGAGAGUCCUUUAAGUGCCUUUUGGCAAACUCCAAGCGGGCCUUUUACUGAGAAGUGGCUUCCGUCUGGCCACUCUACCAUAAAGACCUGAUUGGUGGAGUGCUGCAGAGAUGGUUGUCCUUCUGGAAGGUUCUCCCAUCUCCACAGAGGAACUCUGGAGCUCUGUCAGAGUGACCAUUGGUCACCUCCCUGACCAAGGCUCUUCUCCUCCAAUUGCUCAGUUUGGCCGGGCGGCCAGCUCUAGGAAGAGUCUUGGUGGUUCCAAACUUCUUCCAUUUAAGAAUGAUGGAUGCUGCUGUGUUCUUGGGGACCUUCAAUGCUGCAGACAUUUUCGGGUACCCUUCCCCAGAUCUGUGCCUUAACACAAUCCUGUCUCGGAGCUCUACGGACAAUUCCUUCGACCUCAUGGCUUGGUUUUUGCUCUGACAUGCACUGUCAACUGUGGGACCUUAUAUAGACAGGUAUGUGCCUUUCCAAAUCAUGUCCAAUCAGUUGAAUUUACCACAGGUGGACUCCAAUCAAGUUGUAGAAACAUCUCAAGGAUGAGCAAUGGAAACAGGAUGCAUCUGAGCUCAAUUUGGAAUAUCAUAGCAAAGGAUAUGAAUACUUAUGUAAAUAAGGUAUUUCUGUUUUUUAUUUUUAAUACAAAAAAAUCUAAAAACCUUACUUCGCUUUGUCAUUAUGGGGUAUUGUGUGUAGAUUAAUGAGGAAAAACAUUAAUUUAAUCAAUUUUAGAAUAAGGCUGUAACGUAACAAAAUAUGGAAAAGGUCAGAGGUCUGAAUACUUUCCGAAUGCACAGCAUAUGUAGAUUUAUAUUUUUAAAGUUCAUAGCAUAUGACAUUUGAAGAUAAAAUCUACAAUGUACAAUUUUUCAUACUAUUUACUUUAGCAGUGCAUACUAGUGCAAAAAGUGCAUACAAAUCAUAGAUAAAUAAAAAAUACAAAAAAUAUUAGCUUUCUAACAGUAUAAGGUAUUACUAGGUACUGUUCGUGGCCCUCCACUUAACAUUAGAGUUCAACAUUAACAUAAUUCUAUACAACUCUAUUGUAUCUUUAUUUUAUUUAUUUUUAAAGAUCAGCUUUAAUAUUGCAGAUUGUCACUUCCAUCAAUGUAAUUGUCUGCAUCACUUCCAAUCCCCCAUAUCUUUUUUUCUCGCAAAUAUACAGUUGAAGUCGGAAGUUUACAUACACCUUAGCCAAAUACAUUUAAACUCACAUUUUCACAAUUCCUGACAUUUAAUCCUAGUAAAAAUUCCCUGUCUUACGUCAGUUAGGAUCACAACUUUAUUUUAAGAAUGUAAUAUGUCAGAAUAAUAGUAGAGAGAAUGAUAUAUUUCAGCUUUUAUUUCUUUCAUCACAUUUCCAUUGGGUCAGAAGUUUACAUAUACUCAAUUUGUAUUUGGUAGCAUUGCCUUUACAUUUUUUUACUUGGGUCAAACGUUUCGGGUAACCUUCCACAAGCUUCCCACAAUAAGUUGGGUGAAUUUUGGCCCAUUCCUCCUGACAGAGCUGGUGUAACUGAGUCAGGUUUGUAGGCCUCCUUGCUCGCACACGCUUUUUCAGUUCUGCCCACAAAUUGUAUAUAGGAUUGAGGUCAGGGCUUUGUGAUUGCCACUCCAAUACCUUGACUUUGUUGUCCUUAAGCCAUUUUGCCACAACUUUGGAAGUAUGCUUGGGGUUAUUGGCCAUUUGGAAGACCCAUUUGCGACCAAGCUUUAACUUCUUGACUGAUGUCUUGAGAUGUUGCUUCAAUAUAUCCACAUAAUUUUCCUUCUUCAUGAUGCCAUCUAUUUUGUGAAGUGCACCAGUCCCUCCUGCAGCAAAGCACCCCCACAGCAUGAUGCUGCCACCCCGUGCUUCACGGUUGGGAUGGUGUUAUUCGGCUUGCAAGCAUCCGCCUUUUUCCUCCAAACAUAACGAUGGUCAUUAUGGCCAAACAGUUCUAUUUUUGUUUCAUCAGACCAGAGGACAUUUAUACAAAAAAUACGAUCUUUGUCCCAUGUGCAGUUGCAAACUGUAGUCUGGCUUUUUCAUGGCGUUUCAGGUUAUGUCGAUAUAGAACUCGUUUUACUGUUGGUAUAGAUACUUUUGUACCUGUUUCCUCCAGCAUCUUCACAAGGUCCUUUGCUGUUGUUCUGGGAUUGAUUUGCACUUUUCGCAUCAAAGUACGUUCAUCUCUAGGAGACAGAACGUGUCUCCUUCCUGAGCGGUAUGACAGCUGCGUGGUCCCAUGGUGUUUAUACUUGCGUACUAUUGUUUGUACAGAUGAACGUGGUAACUUCAGGCGUUUGGAAAUUGCUCCCAAGGAUGAACCAGACUUGUGGAGGUCUACAAUUAUUUUUCUGAGGUCUUGGCUGAUUUCUUUUGAUUUUCCCAUGAUGUCAAGCAAAGAGGCACUGAGUUUGAAGGUAGGCCUUGAAAUACAUCCACAGGUACACCUCCAAUUGACUCAAAUGAUGUCAAUUAGCCUAUCAGAAGCUUCUAAAGCCAUGACAUCAUGGCUAGGCCACUCCAGGACCUUAAUGUGCUUCUUCUUGAGCCACUCCAUUGUUGCUUUGGCUGUGUGUUUUGGGUCAUUGUCAUGCUGGAAUACCCAUCCACGACCCAUUUUCAAUGCCCUGGCUGAGGGAAGGAGGUUCUCACCCAAGAUUUGACGGUACAUGGCCCUGUCCAUCGUCCCUUUGAUGCAGUGAAGUUGUCCUGUCCCCUUAGCAGAAAAACACCCCCAAAGCAUAAUGUUUCCACCUGCAUGUUUGACGGUGGGGAUGGUGUUCUUGGGGUCAUAGGCAGCAUUCCUAUUCCUCCAAACACGGCGAGUUGAGUUGAUGCCAAAGAGCUCGAUUUUGGUCUCAUCUGACCACAACACUUUCACCCAGUUCUCCUCUGAAUCAUUCAGAUGUUCAUUGGCAAACUUCAGACGGGCCUGUAUAUGUGCUUUCUUGAGCAGGGGGACCUUGCGGGCACUGCAGGAUUUCAGUCCUUCAUGGCGUAGUGUGUUACCAAUUUUUUUCUUGGUGACUAUGGUCCCAGCUGCCUUGAGAUCAUUGACAAGAUCCUCCCGUGUAGUUCUGGGCUGAUUCCUCACCGUUCUCAUGAUCAUUGCAACUCCACGAGGUGAGAUCUUGCAUGGAGCCCCAGGCCGAGGGAGAUUGACAGUUCUUUUGUGUUUCUUCCAUUUGCGAAUAAUCGCACCAACUGUUGUCACCUUCUCACCAAGCUGCUUGGCGAUGGUCUUUUAGCCCAUUCCAGCCUUAUGUAGUUCUACAAUCUUGUCCCUGACAUCCUUGGAGAGCUCUUUGGUCUUGGCCAUGGUGGAGAGUUUGGAAUCUGAUUGAUUGCUUCUGUGGACAGGUGUCUUUUAUACAGGUAGCAAGAUGAGAUUAGGAGCACUCCCUUUAAGAGUGUGCUCCUAAUCUCAGCUUGUUACCUGUAUAAAAUACACCUGGGAGCCAGAAAUCUUUCUGAUUGAGAGGGGGUCAAAUACUUAUUUCCCUCAUUAAAAUUCAAAAAAAAUUAUAACAUUUUUGACAUGCGUUUUUCUGGAUUUUGUUGUUAUUCUGUCUCUCACUGUUCAAAUAAACCUACCAUUAAAAUUAUAGACUGAUCAUUUCUUUGUCAUUGGGCAAACUUACAAAAUCAGCAGGGGAUCAAAUACUUUUUUCCCUCUCUGUACUUAGCAUUCGAGAGCUGACUGAUCUCAUAAGUUUUUGUAGUGCAAAAAUAAAUGAAGGAUCCAGCUAUGGUGGUAAUUUGUGUUAUGUCUGACUACAGAAGUAUUGCUUGUCCAUGUGCUAGCUAACAGCAACAAGCCCAGACGAGCUAGCUAAAUGUGGUGUAAGCAUCCAGCAGUGAUCAGCUGGUGGUUGCGUAGUAAUGGCGUCACCAGCCCGAACUUUAAUCGCUGUCCGGGGUUUCCCUCGACCCAGCUCGAAUUUGAGAAUUCCAUUCGAGCCAGCUCGAAUUUGGCCCUAAUUUUAAGUGCCAGAGGAAACGGGGUUUAACUGGCCUCCAAUACUCCACCCGCUAAAACCUCCCCCAUCCCAAGUUGGGUUGUCAUCCCAGUGACUGUCUGACCACCCCUAUACACAUGGAUCCUAGGGCCUUUGAGAGCUAGGGGCCCAUCCUUUAAAAAAGAGCACCUGGUGCCACCUACAGUACAGAACCAGAUUCGCAGCCAACAGCAUUUCUAAUGCCUUCACCUCAGUUGUAAUGCAUCUAGUUAUUUAAAAAAGAUAUAUAUUACAAAAUCUUGCAUAUCUUUAAUUCAUUCCCACAAUUGACUAAUAAGUGCGUAAUAAUAUAAGCACUUCUACGAAGGAUCGUUACCUAUAACAAGGACUGGCAGUAGAAAAUCUAAAAUAUUUGUCAAUAGAUGUGGGAUGCAUACACUGAUUCACCCUACCCCUUCCACACAAACACUUCUGCCCCUCUCUCCCCUUCCACCCAUAGAUCAACUCCACCCACACACACAACCACAAGCUCAGAUGUUCAACAGUUGUUUCAUCCCGAGCCCAACUCAAGAGAAGACUUGAUGUGUGAAUGGAUAUACAGUUUGGCUGAUUGAGAAGGCAUGCCAAAUUGGAAUGGGAAGAUUUGAUUAACCAAUAUCUAGUCCUAGCAGGGCAACAAUAAUAUGCCUCUUCUCAGAUUGUCCAUUCUCCCGCCCCAUGGGUUACUGCAGCCAGUGUUGCCAGCACUGCCACUACCUGGGUGGGGGUACUCCACCGGAAUUCCCACCGGCUAGGUAUGAGGUCGUCAAGGUUCUCAUAAGCAGCUUUGAGAAAAUCCUUGUAUAUUAUGCUCACCCAUCCAGGAGCUUUGGCUUUUGGACGAACCCUGCAAGACAUGCUCAGAUUCUUGAGGGGGCGGUGCUGCUUUAGUGGGUCUUUGACCGCGUUCACAUUUCUGUCUUGGCUGCGUAGGCUACUUGCAGUAGGCCUAUAAAACGGAUAAGGACUUCUCCUUGGUGGGUGGGUCGCUCAGGUGGGUGUCGAGGAUAUAAGGUUGGCACCAUUCCAUCGUGAUAGAAGAAAAAAAAUGUAUAUAUAUAUUUGUAUUUUACUUUAAAAUGUAUAUCCCAUAUCUGCGCAAAAGUGAAGACUCUCGCUCUGUCACAACUCCUGCUCACAGACACACAUGGGCUCUGGCAUUUGCAACCAUUUUCCUUACUCACUCACUUUUCUCAUCAAACUUUCCCAAUCACACAAAACACACGGGCACCCCAUCUUCCAACACACCCGCACUCCCCCCACAUAUACACCCAUACAUACCCACAUACUGUGCCUUCUAUGUCUUCUGUUUGUAGUGUUUUUAUUUCUACCUUGUUGAUUCCUGCCUAAUUCCUGGCUUUAAGUACUUUUGUGUUCCAGUUUCUUGUAUUUGGAGAUGUUUUAUUUUAUAAUACUAUAAAUACUAUAAAUUAAAAAUAGAAUACAAAUUAUUUUACUACAGUCCCUAACUUUAAUAGUAUAGGUUAUUUGUAGUUUAUUUCUUUAUUAAUUGUUGUAUUUUAUUAUUUCCCAACCACUUCCUUGUUGACAGAUCCUGAAGUUCAUCUCUGAUUUCCUGGCGUUUCUGGUCCUAUACAAUUUUAUCAUCCCCAUCUCACUCUACGUCACUGUGGAGAUGCAGAAAUUCCUGGGCUCGUUUUUCAUUGGCUGGGACAUGGAUCUCUAUCACGAGGAGAGCGACCAGAUGGCUCAGGUCAACACGUCCGACCUCAACGAGGAGCUGGGACAGGUCCGGACAUAAAGCACUUCACUAUUGGUCUCUGUUAAUGGCGCCACCAUGCUCAGCGUCAUAGCAGAGUUUGUGUGUGUGUUAUGAACAGCCUCUGUGUGUGUGUUAUAGGUGGAAUACGUGUUUACGGAUAAAACCGGCACCCUGACAGAGAACGAGAUGCUGUUCCGUGAAUGUUCAAUCAAUGGUAUCAAAUACCAGGAAAUCAAUGGAAAGCUUUUACCCGAGGGAAUGACGGAUGACUCGCCUGACGGAUCUGUGCCUCCUCUGGUAAACACCAUUAAAACCUCACGUGCCCAAGUGACUUGCGAUACAGUAUUUAUUCAUUUGUUGUCUGUGCAUUCAUUAAAUAUACAAUUGAAGUCGGAAGUUUACAUACACCUUAGCCAAAUACCUUUAAACUCAGUUUUUCACAAUUCCUGACAUUUAAUCCUAGUAAAAAUUCCCUUUCUUAGGUCAGUUAGGAUCACCACUAUUUUAAGAAUGUGAAAUGUCAGAAUAAUAGUAGAGAGAAUGAUUUAUUUCAGCUUUUAUUUCUUUCACCACAUUCCCAGUGGGUCAGAAGUUUACAUACACUCAAUUAGUAUUUGGUAGCAUUGCCUUUAAAUUGUUUAACUCGGGUCAAACGUUCCGGGUAGCCUUCCACAAGCUUCCCACAAUAAGUUGGGUGAAUUUUGGCCCAUUCCUCUUGACAGAGCUGGUGUAACUGAGUCAGAUUUGUAGUCCUCAUUGCUCGCACACGCUUUUUCAGUUCUGCUCACAAAUGUUCUAUAGGAAUGAGGUCAGGGCUUUGUGAUGGCCACUCCAAUACUUUGACUUUGUUGUCCUUAAGCCAUUUUGCCACAACUUUGGAAGUAUACUUGGGGUCAUUGUCCGUUUGGAAGACCCAUUUGCAACCAAGCUUUAACUUCCUGACUGAUGUCUUGAGAUAUUGCUUCAAUAUAUCCACAUAAUCUUCCUUCCUCCAUCUAUUUUGUGAAGUGCACCAGUCCCUCCUGCAGCAAAGCACCCCCACAGCAUGAUGCUGCCACCCCCGUGCUUCACGGUUGGGAUGGUGUUCUUUGGCUUGCAAGCAUCCCCCUUUUUCCUCCAAACAUAACAAUGGUCAUUAUGGCCAAACAGUUAUAUUUUUGUUUCAUCAGACCAAAGGACAUUUCUCCAAAAAGUACGAUCUUUGUCCCCAUGUGCAGUUGCAAACCGUAGUCUGGCUUUUUUAUGGCGGUUUUGGAGCAGUGGCUUCUUCCUUGCUGAGCGGCCUUUCAGGUUAUGUCGAUAUAGGACUCAUUUUACUGUGGAUAUAGAUACUCUUGUACCUGUUUCCUCCAGCAUCAUCACAAGGUCCUUUGCUGUUUUCUGGGAUUUAUUUGCACUUUUCGCACCAAAGUACGUUCAUCUCUGGGAGACAGAACGUGUCUUCUUCCUGAGCGGUAUGACAGCUACGUGGUCCCAUGGUGUUUAUACUUGCGUACUAUUGUUUGUACAGAUGAACGUGGUACCUUCAGGCGUUUGGAAAUUGCUCCCAAGGAUGAACCAGACUUGUGGAGAUCUGCAAUUAAUUUUCUGAGGUCUUGGCUGAUUUCUUUUGAUUUUCCCAUGAUGUCAAGCAAAGAGGCACUGAGUUUGAAGGUAGGCCUUGAAAUACAUCCACAGGUACACCUCCAAUUGACACAAAUUAUGUCAAUUAGCCUAUCAGAAGCUUCUAAAGCCAUGACAUCAUUUUCUGGAAUUUUCCAAGCUGUUUAAAGUCACAGUCAACUUAGUGGAUGUAAACUUCUGACCCACUGGAAUUGUGAUACAGUGAAUUAUAAGUGAAAUAAUCUGUCUGUAAACAAUUGUUGGAAAAAUAAGUAGAUGUCCUAACCGACUUGCCAAAACUAUAGUUUAUUAACAAGUAAUUUGUGGAGUGGUUGAAAAACGAGUUUUAAUGACUCCAACCUAAGUGUAUGUAAACUUCCGACUUCAACUGUACAUGGUUAGCUCUGCAUUUCAAACCAUGUGUUAAACAAUUAUUCAUUGACUGUCCUCAUGGGUUUGGACCCUCGCAAUGGUUUGAUAACUCUAGGUACUGUUCUCAUGUCUGUCUCUCUCUGUCUGUCUGCCACCUCUCAGAGUCGGGAGGAGUUGCUGUUCCUGAAGGCAGUGUCGCUGUGUCACACAGUGCAGAUCAGCUACGAGCAGCCAGGCGACGGCCCGGCGAACCCAUUCUCCCACGCUAACGGCUUCUCCUCCCAGAUGGAGUACUAUGCCUCCUCGCCGGACGAGAAAGCACUGGUGGAAGCCACUAAAAGGUACCCAGGAGGAUAGCUGUCAUGUCUCACUGUUCAACCCAUUUGUACUGUUGUUGGUAAAUCAAAUUCAUAUAUAUAGCUAUAUGACCAGUGCUGGUCUCACAGGUCUUUUUGGACAUACAAGCACUCAGACAAAUUAACAUUUAUUGAGACAAAUAGUUUUAGAGGUUCACCACAUUCCAGACCACAGUCUGCAUAUUACAGUUAUGGUCAUGGGUUAUGUAUGGGCAACAGUCUGCAUGUUACAGUAUUUAUGGUCAGCAAUGUCACAUGAAACAAUUUAAUUGUUUUUGAUUUGAUUUGCAGGAUGGGGAUUACCUUUAUUGGUAGCCAUGGAGAAAUUAUGGAAAUAAAAACAUUUGGAAAGUCAGAAAAGUAAGUAUAAUUUUCUAUGGUUAAAAAGUCAGACAUUUUAUGUAGAUGAUGAACCUGUACUGUGCAUAGAAAGUGAUGUACUACCAAUUAUUCCCUUGUCCCACAGGUAUAAACUACUCCAUGUACUAGAGUUUGAUGCAAACCGAAGGAGAAUGAGUGUCAUAUUACAGACACCCUCAGGUACAGGGAUUUCUCUCCAUAUUAGACGAAUGGCUCGUUCAUAAACAUAUUUGGAUUUCAUUACAUUAUGUAACCCACCUUUGAUUUGGUCCUGCAACAUUAUUCAGUUCAUUUCCCUAACUGUUACUGCUACCCUGUAUUUCAUAUCUGGCCCAUACUCACUAUGACAAUUCAUUUGCAAUAUAUUUUAUCUAUUGCUAUAGGGGGAAAAGUACUAUUUACAAAGGGAGCUGAGUCCGCCAUUCUUCCCUUUACUACAAGUGGAGAAAUUAACAAAACAAGAGUACAUGUAGAUGAAUUUGCCUUGGUGAGUAUACCACAUCACAUCAUAUUAGACAACGCACUAUUUCCAGCCCUUAUGUACAGCAGAUUUUUUGCUACGCUGAAUGCUAUCUUUUAUUAUCUGUGCUGAAGAGUCCACCAGUGCAGCUGGGUCGCCUCCUGUCUGAAUUGAACACAUGCGUACUUGUAUGCUCACACACACACGGACACACUCAAACACCCCAUUUUCAUUCCACAAGAUUGGAGGUAAACUAAACACUAUAUUUAAAUGGCACUUUUAUUUCUAAGCAAGGGGUCUCAUGGCCGAUUGCCUCUUUUUUUACUGCAGAGUAAUGAUUACUUGUGGGUCUUUCCCCCCAGACUCCCCAAGCAAAGCAAUACAUCUUGCAACUUAACAGUCACUUUAUCCAGACAUCAGGAUCUACAGAGAGAUUUGUUUUUGAUUUGUGACUGGCAGGCGUGUGGUUAUUUGAUAUAAAGCCAGUCUCUGACAGCUACUCGGUUUCUUCCCCCUCUCCAGAAGGGCCUGCGAACGUUGGUGGUGGCCUGCAGACAUUUCAGUGUAAUGGAGUAUGAGGAGGUGGACCGGCGGCUCCACAAGGCCCGCACGGCCCUGCAGCAGAGAGAGGAGAGGCUGGCCGAGGUCUUCAGCUUCAUAGAAAAGGACCUGGAGCUGCUGGGAGCCACCGGGGUGGAAGACAAGUAUGUCAACAACACUGUUUGGUGUCUGUCUGGUCAAGGGUUAGCUCAUUAUGAGCUCCAAGCAAUGAUAUCAGAAAGGGUGGGCUAUUUGAGCACUCGAUCAGUAGAGUUUAACACACAUACAUGUAUGUAUGUGUAUAUAUACACUACCAGACAAAAGUUUGGACACACCUAAUCAUUCAAGGGUUUUUCUUUAUUUGUACUAUUUUUUACAUUGUAGAAUAAUAGUGAAGACAUCAAAACUAUUAAAUAACACAUGGAAUCAUGUAGUAAACAAAAAAGUGUUAAACAAAUCAAAAUAUAUUUUAUAUUUGAGAUUCUUCAAAUAGCCACCCUUUACCUUGAUGACAGCUUUGCACACUCUUGGCAUUCUCUCAACCAGCUUCAUGAGGUAGUCACCUGGAAUGCAUUUCAAUUAACAGGUGUGCCUUGUUAAUUUACAUUUACAUUUUAGUCAUUUAGCAGACGCUCUUAUCCAGAGCGACUUACAGUUAGUGAGUGCAUACAUUAUUAUUAUUUUUUUUUUUUUUAUACUGGCCCCCCGUGGGAAACGAACCCACAAUCCUGGCGUUGCAAACGCCAUGCUCUACCAACUGAGCUACAUCCCUGCGUUUGAGCCAAUCAGUUGUGUUGUGACAAGGUAGGGGUGGUAUACAGAAGAUAGCCCUAUUUGGUAUCCCCUGACAUCAACCCAAUUGAGAUGGUUUGGGAUGAGUCGGAAGGCAGAGUCAAGGAAAAGCAGCCAACAAGUGCUCAGCAUAUGUGGAGACUGUUGGAAAAGCAUUCCAGGUGAAGCUGGUUGAGAGAAUGCCAAGAGUGUGCAAAGCUGUCAUCAAGGUAAAGGGUGGCUAUUUGAAGAAUCUCAAAUAUAAAAUAUAUUUUGAUUUGUUUAACACGUUUUUGGUUACUACAUGAUUCCAUAUGUGUUAUUUCAUAAUUUUGAUGUCUUUACUUUAUUCUACAAUGUAGAAAAUAGUAAAAAUAAAGAAAAACCCAUGAAUGAGUAGAUGUGUCCAGACUUUUGACUGGUACUGUAUGUGGACAACCCUUCAAAUCAGUGUAUUCGGCUAUUUCUGCCACACCCGUUGCUGACACGUGUAUAAAAUCGAGCAUACAGCCAUGCAAUAUCCAUAGACAAACAUUGGCAGUAAUUGUGUUAAGUGCUGUUAUUGUGAAGUGGAAACGUCUGGGAGCAACAACGGCUCAGCUGCGAAGUGGUAGGCCACACAAGCUCACAGAACGGGACCGGCGAGUGCUGAAGCGAGUAGCGCAUAAAAAUCGUCUGUCCUCGGUUGCAGUACUCACAAACUGCCUUUGGAAGCAAUGUCAGCACAAUAACUGUUCGUCGGGAGCUUCAUGAAAUGUGUUUCCAUGGCCGAGCAGCCGCACCCAAACCUAAGAUUACAAUGCGCAAUGGCAAGCGUCGAUUGGAGUGGUAUAAAGCUCGCCGCCAUUGGACUCUGAAACAGUUGAAACGCGUUCUCUGGAAUGAUGAAUCACGCUUCACCAUCUGGCAGUCCGACGGACGAAUCUGAAUUUAGUGGAUGCCAGAAGAACGCUACCUGCCCCAAUGCAUAGUGCCAACUGUGAAGUUUAAUUGAGGAGGAAUAAUGGUCUGGGGCUGUUUUUCAUGGUUCGGCCGAGGCCCCUUAGUUCCAGUGAAGGGAAAUCUUAACGCUACAGCAUACAAUGACAUUCUAGACGAUUCUGUGCUUCCAACGUUUUGGCAACAGUUUGGGGAAGGCCCUUUCCUACUUCAGCAUGACAAUGCCCCCAUGCACAAAGCGAGGUCCAUACAGAAAUGGUUAGUCAAGAUUGGUGUAGAAAUUGACUGGCCUGCACAGAACCCUGACCUCAAACCCAUUGAAGACCUUUGGGAUGAAUUGGAAUACCGACUGCAAGCCAGGCCUAAUCGCCCAACAUCAGUGCCCGACCUCACUAAUGCUCUUGUGGCUGAAUUGAAGUAAGUUCUCGCAGCAAUGUUCCAACAUCUGGUCGAAAGCCUUCCCAGAAGAGUGGAGGCUGUAAUAGCAGCAUAGGGGGGACCAACCCCAUAUUGAUGCCCAUGAUUUUGGAAUGAGAUGUUCGACGAGCAGGUUUCCACAUACUUUUGGUCAUGUAGUGUACCUGCAGCACUCCAGGAUCAGGAUUGCUUACCUCUGUGGUAGGUGUGAAGACACCCAAAAAAAUUUUUGGUGGGAAUGGGCUUACAUAGUUUUACGUGGCUUAGUGCAACCAGCAGGCGUCAGCUACUGUGACAAUUUAAGAAUGUAACAGGCUGUUACUGCAAUUUCAGCUGUUUCAAAAACAUUGCUCUGGUAUUACCAUUUAUACUGUAGGAGUGUUGAGCUUAAUGAGACAAUUAUUUUUAGAGCCUGAACGAUAUAUCAGUUCACCAAUAUUAUCUGCUGAUAUUGGCUUUUUACCGCUAUAUCGGUAUCGGCCAAUAAUUCCACCGAUAUUUAAUAAAUAGGAUGAAAAAAAGCUACAUGUCAUACUUAUCUGAAUGAACACUUCUCAUGAUGUCAUUCAUUUCACAAUGUAAGAAAUCAACAUUUGAAGCAUAUUUCUUUGACAAUUGCUGAUUUUAAUGGCAAUUUAUGAGAAUACAGUGUGUAAAAAUUACGCUGUAUAUCGGCAGAUACAGUGAGCUCCAAAGGUAUUGGGACAGUGGCACAAACAGCAAAUGCAUCCAACAAAUGUGUAGAGUCACAAGCUUGAUGUAGUCGUUGCGUGCUAUGAAUAUGGGACCAAAUACUUAACUUUUUACUACUUUAAUACACAAGUGAAUUUGUCUCAAUACUUUUGGUCCCCUGAAAUGGGGGGACCAUGUACAAAAAGUGCAUAAUUUCUAAACUGUUCACCCGAUAUGGAUGACAAUACCCUAAAAUUAAAGCUGACAGUCUGCACUUCACCUCAUAGUCAUUGUAUCAUUUCAAAUCCAAAGUGCUGGAGUACGGAGCCAAAACAAAACAAAAAUGGUCACUGUCCCAAUACUUUUGGAGCUCACUGUAUAUCGGCAUUGGUACAUUUUGAUCCCCCAAGAAUCUGUAUCGUACCCAAAAAAAACAUUGGUCAGGCUCUUUCUGUUUACAGUAAGUAAGCACUCCUGCUCGGAGUGGGGCAACUGUCGAGUGAGUGUCAUGCACGACCUCUGGAUGUGAUAAUUUUUCAGGUUUACACCAGUAUUGUCUCUCGAGAAUUGAUACCUCUCUAAAAUGUCCCUUUGCUUUCGUCAAUGUGAAAACGGUCUUGAGGUUCAGCCAUUGUUAAGAUGGCACAAGUGGCAGAUCGCUUCCUCCUCUGUUCCUUGUCAACAGAUGUUUUACCUUGACAGCACAUUGUGACUCACCAGCGCCGUGCAGCAGCCUCCAUGUGUAGGGGGCCAGGGGCUGGGCUCAACCUUCCUGGGCCUAAUGCGCUUAGCCACUCAAACAUGACUCAUGCCUUUCUACAUGCUGCCCUGCCUAGUGUCAUACGUCAGUCACCUAGUGUGCUGCUGCUUAGCAGAAAGGCAUUGCAAGCAUGCUGCUGGAAGGAAGAGGGUGCUCUGAAUUUAGGGAUAUAGGCUCUUUUAAUAGUGGUUAGAGGGGCUUCAAGGCAAGCCUUUACGAAGACUCAGGAUCCAAUAUUCUUGCUCGUUUUUUGCAAUUGUGUUGAGGGGGCUGUUGCAAUGAAAUGUAAUGGGGCGUAUCCAUGCUCCAUUAAAACAAUUAUGUAACAAGGGCUCACUUGCCAUUAGCUGCCUCUGGGUUAGUUUUGCAUGCAUCUUAAAAUGACUAUCCACGUCUAUGCUGAUUACUACAUGUAUUACAUAGAAUGCCUCAGACUUGUCCACUGUAGCUCCAUGUCAGUCACACAUACUGAACAGAGUGACCGUGGAGACACUGAAGCAGAGGCAGUCUGGAUUUGGUCAUUGGUCAGUGAGUGGCAAUCCAGGAGAGACUUUCUGUUGUCGUUGGCAUUUUGUGUGUGUGUGCGCGCGCUUGCUCUGCAGUGAGAUACAGACAGCCCACACCAUCAUUCUCUCUCUCGCUCUCUCUUUCUCCUUCCUCCGGUAGACACGGUGCGCAUAGAACUCCUCGCUUAGAGGAUGCUGCUCUGCUCACCCCAAAAAAUCUUUGAAGGAACAAGCCUCUACAUUAUUGAGGAUAUGAUAAAUCUUAAGCACUCUCUCUUUAGACUCCUAAUCAAUCUGGCUUUACCACUUAACUUUAACAUUUCUAUCUCAACAUCAUCUCUGUAUUCAUACUGCAGUGCUGCUAGUGUACAACAUGCUUAGAGUGAAGGUGGACAGAUGUAAGAUUACAUCUGGCUGUUUCAAUAAUUAUUGGAAGCACAUCAAACUAUGUCUGUGCAUAUCAUCAUUGUAUCAAUGUCAUUUUGACUGGCUGAAUUGCAAAUUUUUUGUAUUUAUUGUUUUCUUUUUCUUUUUUUUCUUCUUUUUUUCUUGGGGGUAGAUCAGCUUUAAUAUUGCAGAUAGAUUGUAACUUCCAUCAAUGUAAUUGUCUGCAUCACUUCCAAUCCCCCAUAUGUAUUCCCCCCCCCCCCCCCCCCCCCCCCCCCCCCCCCCCCCCCGCAUAUAUAUACAUACACACCAUCCAUAUUGAAUAUUCAACCCUGAAUACAGGAUGUUCUUGUUUGUUUACUUACACUUAUUAACACAUUCUUCUUACUUACUCUUGGAUGUAUAAUAGGCGAUGUUUGGCAUUUUCAAACAACUAGAUGCUUCACCACUUGAAUACAACAGCCUUGGUUGUAAGCAGGCAGCUUUAAUGGGAUAUCAUAGAGCAGAGGUUUCAUUAGUUAGCCCCCUAAGGGCCUCAGGUUCUCGUUCCGACCAUCUCCUUAAUGUAAUUAUGUUCACAUGGUUAGUUGAUUGACUAAUGGCCUGGUCUGACUAUGACAUCUCAUUGAUGCCCUCGUUACCUCUAUUGAUUGUGAUAUCAUAUCAACAUCCAUAGCAAAUUAAAUGGUCAAUUAAACAGAAUUAAGUGAUUGGUUUGAGUCAUGAUGAGCCACACCCUACAUAGUUACUUCAGGAGUAACUGAUCCUCUGUAGCUCAAUUGGUAGAGCAUGGCGCUUGUAAUGCCAGGGUAGUGGGUUCGAUCCCCGGGACCACCCAUACGUAAAAAUGUAUGCACACAUGACUGUAAGUCGCUUUGGAUAAAAGCGUCUGCUAAAUGGCAUUAUUAUUAUUAUUAUUAUUAUUAUUAUUAUUAUUAUAGGAGGAUGAUCUCAACUCACUCCUAUGGAAUAUGGAUGUGUGCCAAUUAGCUGCAGCAGCAUUAAAGGGUCAAUCUGCAGUUGCUACAUCCAACUGUGGAUUGGCCCUUUUAAAGCUAAUCAGAUAGGUUAAAAGUGCAAUCAAUCAUUUGUUUCCAUUCUGGGGUAGCGGGAUAAAACAUUUGAAGCUGAAAGAAACAGACUCACACACACAUAAAAAAACAUGAUUCCCUUUUCUGCAAUCAUUGUGCAGUACACUCAUACAGAGCCUGCCCCUCAGUCAUACCGGGGCGAUUCUGUUUCCCGGAAAUUAACCCACCUUUGGGGCUACCUUUUAGUUCUUUAUAUGGCAUGGAGGCUAACGUGCUGUGACUGGUGUGUGUCUGUGUCCCCAGGCUGCAGGAGAAGGUCCAGGAGACCAUCGAGGCGCUUCGCCUGGCCGGGAUCAAGGUGUGGGUGCUGACCGGGGACAAGCACGAGACGGCGGUCAGCGUCAGCCUGUCCUGCGGCCACUUCCACCGCACCAUGAACAUCCUGGAGCUGGUGCAGCAGAAGUCUGACAACGAGUGUGCCGAGCAGCUCCGACAACUGGCCAGGAGGUAGGACACAGUCACUCACAUCUACCACCAUGUCUCCCCAUGCCAUUCACGUCAGUCACUCACCAUGUCUGUGGUCCAUGUUGUGUCCUGGGUUAACUAGUCUACAAGCCCUCAUCAGCAUGUUAAUGUAUUCAGGGUAAUAUACAAGUCUGGGUGCAAUAAAGAACUAUAGGAGGCAGAGUUUAACGUCAUAUUUAUAUGCACUGUAGACGUGUGUGUGUGUGUGUGUGUGUGGUUUUACUAUCCUUGUGGGGACCAGAAGGAUAAUAAAACAAGGAAAAUUCAGACAAGUGGGGACAUUUUGCCGGUCCCCACAAGGAAAAAGGCUUUUUUGGGGUUAGAGAAAUAGGAUUUUGAAUGGGAAUCAAUCAAUUGUUUGGUCCCCACAAGGAUAGUAAAACAAGUGUGUGUGUGUGUGUGUGUGUGUCCUGAGGACCUCCAUGCUAGGGCUGUAUAGUUAUACCUGCUCUCCUGUGUGUGUGUGUGUGUGUGUGUGUGUGUGUGUGUGUGUGUGUAGGAUCAGAGAGGACCAUGUGAUCCAGCAUGGCCUGGUGGUGGAUGGGGCCAGCGUGUCUCUGGCACUUCGGGGGCACGAGAAGCUCUUCAUGGAGGUGUGCAAGAACUGCUCUGCCGUGCUGUGCUGCCGCAUGGCGCCCCUGCAGAAGGCCAAGGCAAGUCCCCUUGCCGUCACUACCUGCCUUUUAGGGCUCUCCUUUAUGAAUGCAGUCAGUGAACAGCACCAUUCUCAUUUCUCUCAUGCCCUCUCAAGUAUUUAGAACAAAUGUAUUGUUAAUGUAAAGAUAAUUGCCUGCAUAAAUUAGUAAUAAUAAUACAUUAGUAGAUUUUAUAGUAAUACAUAAUACCUGCUAGCAGAAUGAAUGUGAUUGAAGUAGAUUAUUUAUGAUUACAACAGUGCGCUCCGAAAACACAGAUCACAACGUGCACCUUUUGAUAACAUGAUACCCUCGCCGGUCCGUGUUUCCUAGACUCCCAUUUACAACGGGGCGAUAGCAGAGUUUAUUUUUGUCUUCUCAUUUGUUGGAAAAACCAACUAAGAGUGGUCUUCCCUUGCUAGCAGUAGCUAGCUGGCAUUAGCCUGGCUAAAAAUACAGCAAAACAGCUACCCUUUUUAGCUUCCCACAUCUCAAUGUGAAAUAAUGAGAUUUAUAAUUAAAUAAUAUGCCCUGGCAAAUAUUCUUAUACUUGCUAGUGUAACCUACAACAUUAUCCCGAUUUGAUAUGCUGCUUCAAUGUAUUCGCUCCCUUCAGCUAAAAAUAGAAUGUCAUCCUAUAUCACGGAGAAAAGGCACAUGGCUACCAGCUGUUUUUACCGUUUUACUUCUCAACAAAAUACCUUUUGGGGGGAUUCUAAUGUUUGGUUUGUUUAAAGUCCCAGUGCAGUCAAAAACGUGAUUUGUCGACGUAGCGACACAGCGACAUAGGCAGAACUAUGUUCUUCAAGGAACCGUUCAUUUUGUGAUGCAAAACGACAUUCAAGUACUCUGUUGCGCUGUGUUUGCGAAAGGUCUCUAGACCACUUUACAACUCACUUACAACAGUGUACUUACAUGACACUUGCUGAAAUUGUCUGGAAAACUUCCUUAAGAUGGCUAGCUAUUUAAGUUUUAUCUUUUGGUUUCGCAGAGUUUUGUAUUAGUGGUCAUGGCUGUGGAGAGUAGAGUAUCUGGCUAGUGCUGUGGUUUUAUCUGCAGUAGCUGGUGUUACAGUAAAGGCUAAUUGCGAUGGACAUGCUCCUGGUCUCAUUUGGGCUGCUUAAUGAGAAUUCUGUGCUUGGCAGGUGGUGAGAUUGCUGAAAACGUCUCCAGAGAAACCCAUCACUUUAGCCAUUGGGGAUGGAGCCAAUGAUGUCAGCAUGAUUCAAGAGGCCCAUGUUGGCAUAGGUAAGUCCUCCACCCCAUCAAAUUACAAUAACCCAUUACUCAAUAGUGUAUUUUCCCUGUAGUUUCAAAGUGGGUAAUAACAGACCUUUAAAUUUUUUUUCAGGUAUCAUGGGCAAGGAGGGAAGACAAGCAGUACGAAACAGUGACUAUGCAAUAGCAAGGUUUAGAUUCCUUUCCAAAUUACUGCUCGUCCAUGGCCACUCCUACUACAUUAGAAUAGCAUCCCUUGUACAGUACUUUUUUUACAAGGUGAGUUCUAUGUUUAAGGAUGCUUUGCGGUGCUCUAUAAAAUGAAAACCAAUACAGGAGCUAGAUGUGAUUGUCUCGGGUCUAAAUCCCUUUUUGUCUUCUCUUAGAAUGUGUGCUUUAUUACGCCCCAGUUUUUAUACCAGUUCUUCUGUCUGUUUUCACAACAAGUAAGUGUCUUUCAAUGUCUCAUUAGUUCAAUUUGUUCAUUUUUUUGUGGUCCCUUAUUACUGUUGCUUUGUGAGUGUUGUAUCGGUGUACCUUGUUCUGUGUGAUAUACAUGCCUGUUGUUCUGAAUGUACCACGUGUAGCUAUAUCUCCCCCUGAGGGAUCAUCAACUCAAACUGUCCAUCUCUGUGGAUCAUCAAUAUACAGUAGGAGUUAGCCAAAUGUAGGCCCUAGUUGACGGAGGGGAAAAAACAUAUUGGCAGGUGUGAGUGUGUGCUGUGUUGUACAUGGCCCAGGGUUAUGUGGCAACCUUGGCCUACCUCGUUGUUGCCUCCCUGUUUCCCCAGACUCUAUAUGACAGCGUUUACCUGACGCUCUACAACAUCUGUUUCACCUCCCUGCCCAUACUGGUGUACAGCCUGUUUGAGCAACAGGUCCAUCCGCACGUGCUGCAGAGUAAGCCAGUGCUCUACAGGUAGGAUGUGGUGUUCUAUUUUGCAUAUUUUUCCCAUAAAGAAUGAGGCUUUACCUCCAUUAGAUGCAUUUGCAUGAAAACACAACAAGCAUUUGCUAACGGACAGAACCAUGUUGCUUUGUAUCCUUUCACACCAACAGAGACAUCAGCAGGAACUCCCUCCUCUCCUUCAAGACCUUUUUGUACUGGACGCUGCUGGGCUUCUGCCACGCCUUUGUCUUCUUCUUUGGUUCCUACAUCCUGAUGGGGGAGGACACGUCUCUCAUGGGGAAUGGACAGGUGAGGUGGCUGGGCCGGGCCACAUGUACUGUACUAUCUGUUCUACCUCUGGCAGUGGUCCUGCCGGGGGAGGAAGGGGUAAGGAGAUCCACACUCCCCACCUGGCUUUGGCCCCACGGGGAACUUGACUUUGAACCUGAUUUUGAAUGUUCUGUGCAGAUCUCUAGGAAUAUUGAUUGGGUGUUUUACCAAGGUGCACAGUAAUUUGAAAUAUUGCUCUUUCAGUUUAAGUUAGGCAGUGUGAUGGCAGUAAGUUCCAGACUGUUCCAGGAGGCUGUGCUGUGUUGUGAUUUUUCUAUUUGGGCAGCAGCCCCCUCUCCCUCUAUUCUGUCUCUAUUAUUUUUGUCUGUGUCAGUCUUUCUACUAGAUUGGUGUUGUUGAAAAAGCACUCACCAUGUUGCUCUUUUUCGCUUCUUUCUUUUGUUCAGUUUUCUUCUUCUUCUCCCUCUUUUCAUGCUCUGCAUGUCAUCAGAUUUUGAGAGCUAACAGACAACUGGUAAAAGUUGACUGAAUUACAGUUGAUGCAUGCCCCUGUCAUCGUUACCACCCUAACAUCUGUUGCUGUCAUUGGUCCAUUCUCUAUGAACAUCCUGCUUGGUUAUGCUUAUGAUGAUGUGCCAUGUUUCUCAAGGGGUGAGUGAUGACGGCUAGUUGGAGACACUCACUGCUUUCAGAGUCAGUAACUUCCUUCCAGUGUCUCCACAAGUUUGUCAUCAAUUUAGCUUACAAGGCUUAGGCCUAGUCUUCUGGAAAGCUGUGACUACUAAUACAUGACUCGGUCUACAUCACUAUUAAAGCAGUAUUCCUAUGAUAGAUGUUAAGCCAUUGUAUUGUCUCUGUGAAAAUUCUUAAAUGUUUUAUUUAAUUUUUCUUGUAGAUGUUUGGAAACUGGACCUUUGGCACUUUGGUAUUCACAGUAAUGGUCAUCACUGUUACAUUGAAGGUAAAUAAUGUCAUUUGAGUUUUUGCAAUUCUUCAAUUCAUAAAUAAUUCUUAAAGCAAUCCUGCAUGAAAUCUAUCACUUUUUGAUAUUGUUGUCACAGUCACCUCACUCCCCUCUGCUCUCCUAUGGCCUUUCACAUGCUGUUCUGACCAAACUACAUGUUGUUUUUUCUCUCUGUCGACAGCUGGCCUUGGAGACCCACUUCUGGACGUGGAUGAAUCACUUUGUUACCUGGGGCUCCAUCGCUUUCUACUUCAUCUUCUCCCUGUUUUAUGGGGGAAUCAUCUGGUGAGCUGAGGUGCCAUCUCUUUCCCACACAACCUGUGUAUCUCAAAUACACAUUGCAUUUCGUUAUAUAGUAUGUGAUAAGAUCAACAAGUGUAAUUGUACUGCAUGUGGCAUACAGUCUACUUAGAAUUACACCUCAGUGAUGCUAGCCACUUUAAAAUGAUCUAAAUGUUUUAUCCCAGACAGUCGAAAAGCUUGAAGUUCUAUUCCAGGCUCUACUCACAGGGUUAGUUAAGCCUGAACAGAUGUUGGCUGGCUAACAGUGUGAUUCUCUGUGACCUUUGCCCCCCUCCAGGCCUUUCCUCCACACCCAGGACAUGUACUUUGUCUUUGUCCAGCUGCUCUCCAGCGGCUCCGCCUGGUUCGCCAUCAUCAUCAUCAUCAUCGCCUGCCUUUUCCCCGACAUCAUCAAGAAGGUGUUCUAUAGGCACCUCCAGCCCACCAGUACCCAGAAGUCUCAGGUAGGACACCCAGGGACAGGGGAGAGGAGGGGGAAGGGGUGGGCUGCGGGUUGCCGUAAUAAACUAUACACUGACAGGAAACGCAUGACACCACAGCAUGGCUUCUCACCUCACAGACAACACAAGAACAACAAUUCACUGUGCAACUGACAAAGGCAUGCUCCAAACAAAGCGGGUGCAUCUCUGUUCCAGAUCUUAAUCUACUGUAGCGUGUCUGUGUGUGUCUGAUAUGUGGGAGAGCUAGACAGUAGAUGCCAUAUGGUAGGAGCAUAUUGCUGAACAAACAGUUUUUUGAAAACAGCCUCUUCAAACAGCCUCUUGAACAGUUCCAUUUUUGUGGUCGCAAUUGCCUCUUUUCUUAAAAGGUUGAUAUUAACACGCCCUCUUUUUUUGUUUGUUUACUUACACUUAUUGGCCUUUUUUUGCAUCAUAGUUGUCAAGUCAGCAAUUCUAGCAUCCCCAGUCCGUGAUGGAGAAAGUUGAGUGUGAAAGUGCUGCUCAGUGGUUCUUAGAAGAUAAAAGCUCUCUCUUUCUCAGGAUUGAGUCUCAUUUCCUGUCUCUGUGAUAGAGAUGACUUUCUUCCUUUCUCAGGCUGGUGUUUAUCCAUGCGUGCACGUGCGUGUGACUGUACGAGUGUGUUAUGAUCAUCCACUGUGUCUACUGUGUAUGUCGUCUUCCCUCCUACCUGACCUUCUCUGUGUUCCGCCCUUCCUUCCUUUCAUCUGCUCUGUAGAUGUACUCCAACCGAGUCGCCAUAGGUGAUGACUUCAUCGCUCUGCAGCCUCUCUCCAGAGCCAAGAAUCAGCUGGGCAAAAUUAGGUAGAGUAGGCGGGGCCCUGCUGCCUAUAAGUCUUGUCUGAAUGCAGAGGACAAACUAACUAACCAGCAUUCUAGGAGAUAAGGGUAAAAAAGAGAGGGAAAGAUAAGUCUAAGGCAUUUUGUUAUGCACCCCUGCAAAGAGUCUAUCAACUGCAUGUCACUUUAGUUUAGCCUGUAAAAGUCAAGUGCACUCUGCAUUGGGCAGAGCAGCCCCUCACUGCAGCAUUGUGCAGCAGCCCUGAUAUAAAGCUCCGGUCAUAACGGCAUGUGGAGCACAGCUUGAGGCUGUUUAAUGUAUGCUGCUAAUACAGUAACUCUGAUGCCCAAAAUAAUAGUUAGCAAAAGCUGCUAGCUGGUGAAUGCUAUUUUCAUAGUAGUUUAUUCACUGUAUCUCCGGAUCAUAUUCUGGACAGCAUGCUCUUAAACAAUAGUAUUAUUUUCUUAAGAUAUGCACAAUGAGCAGAGAAAAUGACAACCACUCCAUCCAAAAGCAAGGGAUCAAUUUCCUAAUUGGAUUGACAUGUUUGCAGAAUAAUUGCUAAACCAAAUUCUAAAUUAAUUCCUGAAUCAUCCAGUUACAAUUGAUACAUUUACAUAAUUGAGAGUACACUGAAAUGACUAAACUGGCUCAUUGGUUCUUUGGAACAUCUUUGUGCCCAGUCUCCUAGUUAAAAUGUUAGUGCACACUAAUUGUUUUGGACACGAAUUGAUCGGUGCUGCAAUCCUCUAUUACCUCCUAUGGAUGUGGGAGUCGUUUUUGUGCUCAUUUGUCUUGUUCUCUCCUGUUUCCUUCCGUCUUGUUCUCUCCUGUUUCCUUCUGUCCAGGAGACUUAAUGGGUUGUUUUGUGCUUCCAGAUGGAAGAGGAUAAGAGUUCAGUCAGCUCAGAAUAUGACUCUGCUGAAGGCAGGAGCCGAGGGGAGGACAAUUGGCAACUGCUAGCUGCUUCUCCUCCCCCCGCCCAAGGCCCAGCCCUAUGCUCCCCUAGGUAGUAUUUGUAUUUAUUAUGGAUCCCCAUUAGCUGCUGCCAAGGUAGUAACCCUACUGCUUCCCUGGCCCAGCCAGGCCAGGCUUCUCAGUGUGUGUGUGGGUCCUCCCCUGGACUGCCAUCGCCCACCCUGUCCACCCAUCCCCAUAUUGCUCUGUUUUUUAUCUGUUUUUUAAAUCAUAUUUUACUGCUUGCAUGAGUUACUUGAUGUGGAAUAGAUUUCUAUGUAGUAGAAAGUCCCCGUAAUGUCCCCUGUAGCUCAGUUAGUAGAGCAUGGCGCUUGCAACGCCAGGGUUGUGGGUUCGUUUCCCACGGGGGGCCAGUAUGAAAAUAUAUGCACUAACUGUAAGUCGCUCUGGAUAAGAGCGUCUGCUAAAUGACUAAAAUGUAAAUGUAAAAUGUACUUUGCCCCUCCCAUAGUCUGUUCUGGACUUUGGGACUGUGAAGAGACCUCUGGUGGCAUGUCUUGUGGUGUAUGCAUGGGUGUCUCAGCUGUGUGCUAGUAGUUUAAAACAGACAACUCGCUGCAUUCAACAUGUCAAUACCUCUCACACAUACAAGUAGUGAUGAAAUCAAUCUCUCCUCUACUUUGAGCCAGGAGAGAUUGGCAUGCAUAUUAUUAAUGUUAGCUCUUCGUGUACAUUUAAGUCCCUCUUUGUGGCACCUGACCACACGACUGGACAGUAGUCCAGGUGCGACAAAACUAGGGCCUGUAGGACCUGCCAUGUUAAUAGCGAUGUUAAGAAAGCAGAGUAGCGCUUUAUUAUGGACAGACCUCUCCCCAUCUUAGCUACUGUUGCAUCAAUAUGUUUUGACAAUGACAGUUUACAAUCUAGGGUUCCUCCAAACAAUUUAGUCUCCUCAAGUUGUUCAAUUUCCACAUUAUUCAUUACAUGAUUUAGUUGAGGUUUAGUGAAUGAUUUGUCCCAAAUAUAAUGCUUUUAAUUUUUGAAAUAUUCAGCAUUGUGCCUUGUGAUAACAACACCCAACCUUACUUAAUCAUGACUCGUGCCAUUUUUCACCUGUCUGUCUGUGUAUGUAAGCAAUUAUGUGUAUGCAUGUUUUAUUAGCCUAAAUGCCUUUAAACGAGCAAAAGACUGAGUCAUUAUAUCAAACAAACAAUGUUUUUCUACAUAUUUUUCAUUUUAAUAUAUCAUAAUCCUACCAGUAUAUGUCAAAUUGAUUGUGCUAUUAUUUUUAAUUUGGCUUGUUUUUUAAAAAUGGCUUUAUGUACGCAUUUUUCUUUUUUGGGGGGGGGGUCCCCAUCAUUUAACUUCAUAUACCUCAUCCCUGACUUAAGUUAAUCAAAUCAAGGUUACUCAUUAAUAACAAAAAUUAUGAUUGUUAAUAGAUCAAAUGUAUCUAAUUUGUUACCAAUAUCACCUUAGUCAAAUUCAUCAUAUUUAUUCCAGAUUUUCUUGAUGUUCUUGGGUUCUAAAUGUUCUUGGGGUCUUGAUGUCUUCUAUGUUGUUGAUGGGUCUAGUUGGCUGACCGUUGUGCAGUUGGGUGUGACGCGUGCGAGUUUCCCGUUUGUGCCGACGCAUUAUCCUAGACGUUAAAUUACAGGACUGGUAAAUCACGUAGGAAAUUAUCACCUACAGUGGGGGAAAAAAGUAUUUAGUCAGCCACCAAUUGUGCAAGUUCUCCCACUUAAAAAGAUGAGAGAGGCCUGUAAUUUUCAUCAUAGGUACACGUCAACUAUGACAGACAAAUUGAGAAAAAAUAAUCCAGAAAAUCACAUUGUAGGAUUUUUUUAUGAAUUUAUUUGCAAAUUAUGGUGGAAAAUAAGUAUUUGGUCACCUACAAACAAGCAAGAUUUCUGGCUCUCACAGACCUGUAACUUCUUCUUUAAGAGGCUCCUCUGUCCUCCACUCGUUACCUGUAUUAAUGGCACCUGUUUGAACUUGUUAUCAGUAUAAAAGACACCUGUCCACAACCUCAAACAGUCACAUUCCAAACUCCACUAUGGCUAAGACCAAAGAGCUGUCAAAGGACACUGAAAACAAAAUUGUAGACCUGCACCAGGCUGGGAAGACUGAAUCUGCAAUAGGUAAGCAGCUUGGUUUGAAGAAAUCAACUGUGGGAGCAAUUAUUAGGAAAUGGAAGACAUACAAGACCACUGAUAAUCUCCCUCGAUCUGGGGCUCCACGCAAGAUCUCACCCCGUGGGGUCAAAAUGAUCACAAGAACGGUGAGCAAAAAUCCCAGAACCACACGGGGGGACCUAGUGAAUGACCUGCAGAGAGCUGGGACCAAAGUAACAAAACCUACCAUCAGUAACACACUACGCCGCCAGGGACUCAAAUCCUGCAGUGCCAGACGUGUCCCCCUGCUUAAGUCAGUACAUGUCCAGGCCCGUCUGAAGUUUGCUAGAGUGCAUUUGGAUGAUCCAGAAGAGGAUUGGGAGAAUGUCAUAUGGUCAGAUGAAACCAAAAUAUAACUUUUUGGUAAAAACUCAACUCGUUGUGUUUGGAGGACAAAGAAUGCUGAGUUGCAUCCAAAGAACACCAUACCUACUGUGAAGCAUGGGGGUGGAAACAUAAUGCUUUGGGGCUGUUUUUCUGCAAAGGGACCAGGACGACUGAUCCGUGUAAAGGAAAGAAUGAAUGGGGCCAUGUAUCGUGAGAAUUUGAGUGAAAACCUCCUUCCAUCAGCAAGGGCAUUGAAGAUGAAACGUGGCUGGGUCUUUCAGCAUGACAAUGAUCCCAAACACACCGCCCGGGCAACGAAGGAGUGGCUUCGUAAGAAGCAUUUCAAGGUCCUGGAGUGGCCUAGCCAGUCUCCAGAUCUCAACCCCAUAGAAAAUCUUUGGAGGGAGUUGAAAGUCCGUGUUGCCCAGCGACAGCCCCAAAACAUCACUGCUCUAGAGGAGAUCUGCAUAGAUGAAUGGGCCAAAAUACCAGCAACAGUGUGUGAAAACCUUGUGAAGACUUACAGAAAACGUUUGACCUGUUUCAUUGCCAACAAAGGGUAUAUAACAAAGUAUUGAGAAACUUUUGUUAUUAACCAAAUACAUAUUUUCCACCAUAAUUUGCAAAUAAAUUCAUAAAAAAUCCUACAAUGUGAUUUUCUGGAUUUUUUUUUCUCAAUUUGUCUGUCAUAGUUGACGUGUACCUAUGAUGAAAAUUACAGGCCUCUCUCAUCUUUUUAAGUGGGAGAACUUGCACAAUUGGUGGCUGACUAAAUAAUUUUUUCCCCACUGUACAGUGUCACUUUUAAAUACUAACUUUUUUCAUAAUCUGUUAACUCAUGCCCAAAUAAUGUUGAUGACUCAUCCUAUACUCGUAUUUGUGGCCAAAGCAUACAUUUUAGAAAAACUAAUUUGAAAACUUCACAGCAAACUUGUAUCUCAAACAGACUGUUUUAGAAAAUUCUUGCUAUUUCCUCAUAGAGGAUGAUGUUAUGUUUUUGUCUUAUUGGCUGAGCUGGCCAAUCAGCUGUUUACUUGUCAUGAAUAUUUGUAUUGACCGGUAUACCAUCACACCUGUUAAUGGGGACGCUCACACCAUUCAAACACAGAAAAGCUGCUUUUUAACAUACUUAGUUACUUUAACUGUCAAUCAUCAUCACCACCUCCAACCAUGUUAGUGGUCCCCUAACUGCAGGUCAAGGUGGAAACAACAUGAAGGAUGUUUAUGUAAUCAGUCUUGAUGAGAAGAAUAUCCAUAUCACCUGAAACUGGCUUGCCUUGCUCAUCAGUUUUUGAUAGAGUAGAAUUUGGAGGACACAGUGUUUAAUGUAGGAUACAGUAGAAUUAUACAUCCAUGGCAUAGUAGCCUAAUACCUAUUUUGUUCUCGCUCUUUUUACCACUAUUUCUGCUGUAGUUUCUGAGUGGUGGGCAGAGGAGGGAAUUGAGCGUUGUAACCCCAAACCAGUGUCCAUAGUCUUGGGAUGUGUUCAGGUCUGCCUCUUUAGCGGUGCUCUGCGCAGUGAGUGCUUACUCAGGAAAAUCAAGAAUUGGCUGUACGAGAUCAAAGUCGAUUAUUUCCUCCACUUAAUGCUAUGCAUUUUAUAUUCACUGAAUUUUCUGCCUUUGCCAUUCAUUUGCAGCCGUAGAUUGUCUUUGAUUGCGAGUGAAUCACUGUUAUUUAUCAUUGUUAUGUGGAACUGAGCUGACUGAGAUUAACGUGAGAAUAUGAUUUUAAGCACACAUCAGACUGGCAUGGCAACUGCCUGUAACUCCUGUGUGAUUUGAUUACAUGGCUUCAAGGCUUGGCCAGGCCAGGGACAAGGACAGACUUGCCUUGGAAAAUACUGCAUCGUUUACCGCUUUUAAAUGUAUUGAUUUUAGUUUUUAUUUGAUUGAUUUUCACCUCCCCAGCUUGGCCAUGUACAUUUUGCCUGAUACCUUGUACAUAAUCACCCACCCCUUAUUGUUUUGAAGAGCUCCGAAUCCCCAAAAUCCCCUCCCGGCUCCCUGGACAGUCAUUGGGCUGUUUUCUUGUGGAUAUUGGGGUGACCUGUGUGUUCUGAUUCUAAUAUUCUCUUGUGCUCUGCCACCCCUCUGGCUCCCCUUCCUCUGUUUCUCUCUCUCUCUCUGUAUCUAUCUUCUCUCUCUGUAUCUAUCUUCUCUCUCUGUCUCUAUCCUCUCUCUCUGCAGCUUAUUGAGACUAACUACCAGGGCAUCGGCUGCGUGGACUCCAUGAGUUGCUUCUCAGAGGGGGAGAACGGGUGCACCCGGCUGGGCCGGAUGGUGGAGCAAGUGAUGGGCCGCUGCGACCCUGCCAACUCCAACAGGUGUGACCCCACCCUCUGUAGCCUCUGCUGCUGCAGGCGCAUCUCCUACAAGCUGGAGCAGGAUGAGCCCACUGCUCCCCAGGAGUAGUGAGAGCCUAGUAGAGAGAGAGAGGUAGACUAGACUACGGUCUUACUGGUAGGACAGGCAGCCCAGUGACGGACAAAGGUUUGUAGGGAGGGAGACUAGUAUCUGGAUCCUGAAUCUUAAAUGGCCUUUAAGGGAGACAUAUUUAUCUUGUAUGCUAUGAUCAACUUCAUGGCUUCAUGGAGUCCUUCGUCUAUUUCUCUUCUAUAUUCAGUGGGACAACAUGCUCACCAAUGUAGCCAUGUGUCUAUGUAAUCUGUCCUUCCAAGUCUGUACUCGUAUGCAUUUCUUUUCAAGUCUUCUUUCACCCGGGGGCUUUUUGUCACCUAUCUUUGUGUCUGAUCAACCUCGUCUUCUGUCUGAAGUUUUGUGCUUCUUUUAACUUUUCCAAAGCCUGCCGAGUCAGUGUGUUUGUGUUUCACAGUGUAGGCGAAGCCCAGGUUCAGAGUCCAAGUCUAUAUUGAUCUAUGACAGUGUAUUUAUGCUGAAAGAUCUAUUCAAGAGUAUGCUAACCGAGGUAUAUUUAUUUGAAUAUUGUUAAAAAUGUAGCAUUCUCGUUCUGCUUUCUCCUUGUACUCUUAGUCUCGGACUUGCCAAAGUUUGUUAUACUGCAUGUGUGUAUCUAUGGACAAUGACAGCAUGAUGCCAGUGUAAUGCUUUCUCAGCCCCUUCCUUGUCUGCCCACACAUCUACUUCACACCCUCACUGUCCCAACACUGUGAGGUGAGAUGAGCACUCCGAAAGAAAAUAAUCAAAGUUAGACUGAGACUUGUUCCGGCCUUAAUGCUAGGAUACUGCCACUGCACAGGGGGAGAGAGAGACCCCACCAUGGCCCAUGCUCGCUGACUGGCAGCCUGGCAGGGAAUACAUCAGCCCUACUGUACCGUACCUUGUACUGUUACUGAAUGUUUUGACAUGCUGCAGUGUUUGGGGUCUGUGUGCCACAGCUGAAACAUGGGGACCACACUCCCUGACAGAGAGAUGUACUGGAAAACUGUAGUCUCAAAAUGAGAAUAGUCUUUUUGCUAUUUAUUUUAUACAGUGAAGUACUUGAAGCCUUAUAGCUGCUUUUGAGAAGAGAACUGUCUUGUUGCAUGGGGCUGCCUUUGGUAUUUUGUAUGCUGAGUAACCAGACGUUAUGUGUUAACGUGUCUCCUGAUCUUUUCUAUAACGUUACUCCUCCUCCUCCAGCUUUGCUGCACUUUGUCUGAACCUCUCUCGUCGUUGCCGCUCUGUGUCUAAAAUCUAGAUAAAUCAACUUCCCCCAUCUACGUUAUUCAUAUGCAGCUGUUAUCACCUUGACGUCACUAUUCAAUCUAAUAUUCUGCUGCUUGCCUGGUUUUCUGUUCUGAUAGAUCGCCAUAGACAAUGGACUAAUAGCUUGAUAUCAAGUGGGAGUACCACUAGACAUCACACCAACAUACACAUUUAUCAAGAAAUACUUAUUUUUUAAGUCCAAAAGCAUCAUGUACAUACAAGAUCUUAAAACGGUUGUCUUUGUCUGAAAUACUUAAUCCAUUUAGCACGUAUACGGUAUUGUUGACACUUGUGAUCCAAAGAUAAUAAAAUGGGUAUAUUGAUGAACAAUAUUAUUUAGAUUAUAUUAGAUUCUACUGGAGUCUGAAUAAAGUCCUUACUAUUCCCCCUGGUGGCGAUGUUAGUUCAUACAGGCUUUGAUAGAUAGGGAAGGGCCUUGUGCCUUUCCUGAAGGUAAGAGAGUUGAGCCCUCUUUUCAAGGGCUCUUUGAUAUUUUCUUUACUAUAAAUAUGCAAAUAUAUAUUCAAGAUGUCUUCGAUAUAUUAUUAUAUUAUGAUACAAUUUUUGUAUUAGCAGUAGAUAUUCAGUGUAAAUUGGUCACAUAAUUGUACAGCCAAGAACUGAGCAUCAUAUCAUUCAAAGAAACAGUAUUUAGUAUACCUGGUUAUGCAUAAGAUGUAUUAUGCAUAUAGUGACAUUACUCAGAGAGAAGGGGGACGUUGACUGUUUGUGUCAUCCAUGUACUAAUCCUGUACUAACCCUCGCUGUACUCACCCUAUUCUCUCCUCCUUUUUGAGUUUGACUGUUUGCUUGUGCUACUACCCCUGUAGUUGAAGUUUAGGGCAGGAAACGAGUCAGGCGACAGGGCAGGAAACGAGUCAGGAGACAGGGCAGGAAGCCAGUGGAAGAUGAGCAGGAUGACAAGGUUUCAGUUCCAUGGCAGGGCCUCCUCAUAUCAAUACAGAUAAAGUCUUCAACUACUCCUGUGCUAUCCCCCUACUGUACCAUGCAAUGGCAAGAUGGCCGUCCCAUCCAACAGUAAAUAAAGGGUCUUUAGGCAGGACAGAGACAGAUGGAAGCACUCCAGAGGCAGGUUUUCAGCUUAGUCAUCCUCCCCCACCCCUCACUCCUCUGUCGUUGAUGCUUUUAGAUCAUGGAGCGACUCGGACCCCUUCUAUUCCAACGACCGGAGCAUCUUGACGCUCGAACCCAUGGAGGCCACUCAUUGCUAA